AUGAAAGAAAGUGAUAACGACAAUGACGGUUAUGCUGACGAUGAGGAUGACGAUAAUGAUGACCCUCAUGACGACGAUAGUGAUGACUGUGAUGAUCACGAAUAUGAUGAUGACGAUAAUGAUGACGAUUAUGAUAACGACAAUUAUGAUGAUAAUGAUGAUAUCUGCUUUUUUAUUAAUGGGCUAAUUAAUAGCUUUAUGCCGAGCAGUAUGAAAGAAAAUAAUAACGACAAUGACGGUUAUGUUGACGAUGAGGAUGGAGAUAAUGAUAACCCUGAUGACGACGAUGGUGAUGACGGUGAUGAUAGUAAUGAUCGCGAUUAUGAUGAUGACGACAAUAAUGAUGAUAUUGAUGAUAUUUGCUUUUUAUUAAGUAUGGAAGAAAAUAAUAACGACAAUGACGGUUAUGUUGACGAUGAGGAUGACGAUAAUGAUGACUCUGAUGACGACGAUGGCGAUGGCGAUGACGAUGAUGAUAAUAAUGAUCACGAUUAUGAUGAUGACGAUAAUAAUGAAUAUUAUGAUGACGACAAUUAUGAUGAUAAUGAUAUUUGCUUUUAUAUUAGUGGGCUGAGUCUUAUAGAGCUUUAUGCUUCUUGA